AAGCAGAGAAGGAAAAUGUCGUCGGUGAUGAACAUGUUCGGGUGCGGGGUGGUGAGGGCUCCGCCGCAAGCAUUGGGGAUUGGGAAGAGAAGAGGUGGAGGAUUGACGAUAAUGUGUUCGUCUCAGCCUCAGAAGAAAGCGACGGCGCAUCACAGGAAGACGCGGCCACCGAAGACGCAGCCGUGGGAUAUAAAUCGGAAACCUACGGUGUACGAUCCUCUGCCUCCUCUUCCUCCCGAUUGGACACUCGUUAUUCCCGCUGAUGCUUCCGCUGCUCCUCCGCCUCCAACUCCCGCUCCCUAGCCACUGUGUUUGUUCUCUUCAACCCUAACAUGCUUCCUGCUACUAUUCAUAUAUCUAUAUCUGCUUCUAUUUCAUGUUCA